UCCAGGAAUAUGCAGAGACAGCCAUGAACGAGCUGCUGGGCUGGUACGGUUACGAGCGGCUCGAGCUGCGCCGGUGGGCGGCCUCGCGCGCGCGCGAUGGUGGGAGCCCUGAGCAGACUGCCGAGCAAAAGAACAAAGACGAGUGUUCGUGGUGUAACAAGAGCAUCACGAGCGAGAGUGGCGCCCUUCAGCAGGCAGGCGCGACAUUCUGCUCCGAGCUAUGCUUCAGCCAAUCGCGGCGCGCCAACUUCAAACGCGCCAAAACCUGUGAUUGGUGCCGCCAUGUCAGACACACAGUCGCUUACGUGGAUUUUCAGGACGGUGCUACUCAAUUGCAGUUCUGCUCCGACAAAUGCCUCAAUCAAUACAAGAUGCACAUUUUCUGUCGGGAGACGCAGGCGCAUCUCGAUCUCAAUCCUCACCUGGUGAACGCUUCGUCGUCCUCUAACCUCAUCACCCCCGAACUUUGGCUCAAAAACUGUAAAAGUAGAUCCACCUCACCUACUUCUGAAAGAUCAGGGUCACCCCCACAUGAAGGCACAGCCAAAACGAAUUCAGAAAAAAUAGAGGCUCCAAAGUCUACUACGAAGUCACCACUACCGCUAAUAACCAUAGCGCCGACCUCGAAACUGAUGAAACCGAAAGGACCAUCCGAAGAGCGGACGACUGUGCAGAAGUCACCUGAAACCAAAAAAGAGACCAGGACCAACAAAAUGAACUUGAGGAAACGCAGGACUUCAAAGUGUUCCGCUACGGUGACGUCACAAACCGCCAGGCAGAGGACAGCGACGCCGAAAGCCCAAGAUCUUCGGAUCUGUAGCCCCUCUGUAGACGGCUCGUCCCCUGCGUCCAUCGUCAACGGCGCCAUUCAUUCCCCACCGCAUCCUGUGAACCCUCACGCUGUACCCCCUCCCCCGUUCCCCAAUCCCUUAUACGGAGUGCCACCGCCCAUCUUCAUGGAAAACGGCCACAUCAAUGAUAUUCGACACCCGAACAUGUUUCCGCCGCGGUUUAACUUUCCGCCCCGACUAGGUAUUCCCAUACACCAAGAAAGACCUCGUAUUCCACCUCCUAUGAACUUCCCACCGGUUCUAGGCCAGGCUCCGCCUGUAACGGUACUAGUACCGUACCCUGUGGUGCUCCCAAUACCCCUUCCUAUACCUAUACCGAUGCCUUUAUCGGCAUUCAUACGGGCACAUUGUGCGACUAAAAUUAAAACUGAAACUAGGACUGAUGAUAGCGAAGGACCUUUAGACUUCACAAUGAAUAGCGAGAAAAAUAAAGAUGAAGACAAUAGUGUCAACGGUGAAGUGAAUACAGAUGUACCAGAAAGCAAUGAGCACAAUGAACAAACUAAUGAUAAUAAUAAGCGGAUAGAAGAAGAGAAAGUUGUGGAUGAAAGUGCUGAAACAGUUAACCCUGAGCAGACGUUACCGAAGUUCAAAAUAACGCGGUUAGGGAAUAAAAUGGCGAAGAUCGUCACCAAGCCGAGGGAAACUUCAGAAUCUUCUAGGCCUUUGAGGAAACGGCGAAGACUCGUGGAGGCUACCGAUGAAGACGUUCUCAUUCCAAAAACAAGAAAAAUUGUUCAAGUAUAA